AUGCCAUUCAAUAUCUUUCUGCUCACCUUCCUGGCCAUCUUCAGGGUAGACUCUUCCGACGCAACUGAUACAACAGAGACAAGUGCCUUUGCUGGCCACGAGCUAACCCAAGAAUUGGUUGUCGUCUCCAAGCUACUUGCCACCAUCUCAGUGAGCAACUGCACCGUUGUCGAUGCCAAAAUCCCCCUGGAAAAGACCACCUCAUCGCUUCCUCCUCCCUCUCCCAGUCUCCAUCUGAAGUUCGUUGCCCUAGGUAGAGGAACUCAAAACUAUACCUGCAGCUCGUCCGACGUGACCAUGACACCGGUAGCUGUGGGUGCCGUUGCUACUCUCUUCGAUGCAUCCUGCAUUCUUAAAAGCAAUCCGGAGCUGCUUCACCAACUACCAGCGUCAUUUCAGACGGUCCCUCUUAACGCGAUGAAUUUCCUCGCUGCAGUGACGGGUCGAAUCCUCUUCUCAACAACAGACACUAUAGUCCUGGGCGAGCAUUACUUCAAUGCCAGAGGGAGCCCGGUUUUCGACUUGCGAUUGGGAGGCUAUCCUCACUGGAUUGGGACCAAGAAAGUUUCUAGUGCUGUGGCACCGACGAAAGGGAACGAUGCUCCCUGGCUGAAGCUUGAAGCGACAGAUAGUAGUACUACCAAUGGCAUCCAGGUGGGUUUCCAUAUCAUGUCUUUCUCAUAG